GUCCCUUUAAUUGGAAGAUACCAAGUGUUCCCAGGUCAUAGUUUUGUUUCCUGAGUCCUUGCCCCGGGAAUCCACAGUUCAGAGACAUAGAUAGCAGCAGUGUUGAGACGGGGCUGUGCUUUAGGGGGCGGUGUGGCUCAGCAGGGCUCGAGAGGGACCUCGGGGGGUGACGCACGCCCGGAGGUCUUCCCCCGCGCCCCGUGGUCCAGUCCAAGAUGGCGGCCACCAUGAAGAAGGCGGCUGCAGAGGAUGUCAAUGUUACUUUCGAAGAUCAGCAAAAAAUAAACAAAUUUGCUCGGAAUACGAGUCGCAUCACAGAGCUAAAGGAGGAAAUAGAAGUGAAGAAGAAACACCUCCAGAACUUAGAGGAUGCCUGUGAUGACAUCAUGCUGGCGGAUGACGACUGCUUAAUGAUUCCCUACCAGAUCGGAGACGUUUUCAUUAGCCAUUCUCAAGAAGAAACACAGGAAAUGUUAGAAGAUGCAAAGAAAACUUUGCAAGAAGAGAUCGAUGCCUUAGAGUCCAGAGUGGCAUCCAUCCAGCGGGUGUUAGCCGACCUGAAGGUGCAGCUAUACGCGAAAUUUGGCAGCAACAUAAACCUCGAGGCAGAUGAAAGCUAAACAUUUUAUAAUACUUUUUUUUCAUCUUGUUUUAAUAAACUUGAAUAUUGUCUUAAAUGAUAAUUUCCCUUCUCCAAAUGAAACAAAAGGAAAACUUUCUUUUUUAAGAAUUUUCAUUUAAUUAAUGGAAACGCCUAUUUUCACAUGUCUUGCUUAUUUAUUUUAUAUUUUUAAAAAAAGACAGUGUUCAUGUAUGUAUUUUGCAUAAUGAUUGUAUCAAUUUUAGGAGCUUUAUGUCAUGUUAUUAAAAUUGGUUAAA